AAGUUCACAUGCUGCUUGUUUGGACGGAGCUGUCAAAAAGGGGGUGGUCACUCACGCCACAUUCACUCGUGAGUGACUGUCACGCCAGUGUGUUCAAAACAUUGCCCCCGGUUGGGAGUCCAGGACAGCGUGAUGCCUGUGUCCCUGCGAACGCUGGUCAAAACGGCCACCUACAUUGGGAUCGGCGGAAUCAGCGCGGCACUGUACAUGAAGUUCAAGCUGGAAGACCGGGUGCGGGCUCAGCCGUACUACAAGGACUCGUUGAAGCUGCUGCGGGCACAUCCGGGAGCAAUUUCCGUCCUGGGCGAACCGAUUAAGGACAUGGGCUUUGACUUUGGCGUGGAGAUGAACAAGUUUGCCGACGGCAAGAUCGACGGCUUUGUGGUGCCCGUCAAGGGCGUCAAUCAGCGGGGCAAGCUGCACUUUUGGGCGGAGAAUCGGGACGAAAAGUGGCACAUUACGCGAGCCGAGCUGGAGCUGGACAAGGAUCCCGACCGACGGUUGCUGCUGAGGAAGGCAGAGUAGAGGCAGAGAUUGAGUAGAUGUGUAAAUAAAACUGAAUUUAAUUUAUUUUUGUUUCUUUAUUUACUCAAUAGGUACAGUCCAGACUCGAUUAUCCGAAGGCCUUGGCAAAAUUUCACUUCGGAUAAUUGAAACCUGUGAUAAUGGAAUAACGAUUUUUUUUCGCUGUCUUUUUUUGGAUUGUUGAGCUUUAUUAUGAACCCUUUCAGGCCUGAAUUUUCAAAAAAAUAUUUUUUUAGUCAAUGAUGGGAAAAUGAUUCUUAUGACCAUACGAAAAUUAUAGGCUAGUUUUGGAAAUUUUGAUAUUUGGGUCAUAUAUGAGUCAUGGGUCUACCAACUCUUGCUGAGCAAAAAUCCGUACACUUUGCCGAUAUGACACCAUGGUAUAACAAAAACUGUCAAUGAAUUAUUUAGAUAAAUUAAAUUUAAUAAAUUUGAGAAUUAAAAAUAUAAAACUGUGUCGUUUUUACAGCUAACAAAUUUCACAAAAUGCUAUCAGAGUGC